UUUUCUUUUAUGUUGGUGCGGUCGAGUACUUGAGUUAAAACCCGGCCCAAAGAACGAAAGUGUUGCGGUGAAGUUGAUUGAUUAAUUAAUCUCACAAACUGAAACCUUAUUAUUUCAUUCAUUCCCCCGCCAUCACUCUCAACUCACCACUCUAUUCUCGUUGUGAAAUUAUCAUUAUGGCAACCGGUGGCCCUGGACUCGAGUCUCUUGUAGAUCAGCAAAUUUCGGUCAUUACAAAUGAUGGACGAAACAUAGUGGGAGUUCUAAAAGGUUUUGACCAGGCAACAAAUAUAAUUCUUGAUGAAUCCCAUGAACGAGUUUUUUCUACCAGGGAAGGUGUUCAGCAGCUUGUUCUGGGUUUAUACAUCAUUAGGGGUGACAACAUAAGCGUUGUUGGUGAAUUGGAUGAGGAACUAGAUUCUAGCCUAGACUUGUCCCAGCUUAGAGCUCAUCCCUUAAAGCCUGUCAUUCACUGAAGUAAAACAAUGUUAGAGGUGUUAGGAGAUGCUUGCUUUCUUGGUGGAAAGGAUUGGAACAUUAUUAGUACACCUCAUACGGCAUUAAGCAAUGAAUGAACUAUGAGUAUAUGCUGAUAACAUAAUAUGCUAAAUAAGUACAUAUCUUGAUUAUGUUUUUGGUGUUGGCAUGUGAAUCAUGGUUUUCUGCAUGUUGGAUUAUGCAAUGCAACAAACUCCUGACUAUCUUAUCUGAAGAAACUUAUUUUUUAUUCAUUU